AACAUGUUCGUUUCCUAUAUAUAUUCAUCCCAAACUUCUUCCUCAAACUCUGCUUCUUGUUUGCUAACUUAUUAUUAAAACUUCUACACAAGCAAUAUGAAUCAGCUAGUACAAUUUGAAGCUCAACCUUCAGUUAUACUUGAAGACGAUGAUAUUGCAAAGGUAGACUAUGAUUCAGAAGCUGAAGCUGACGGGUUUGCGAAUACUUCACGGGUUGAACUUUUCGAUACGAAAGAAUUGAAAGUGCAGAGGCUUGAGGAAACAAGCAAUGAAUAUGGGAUUGUGAGGAGAAGUUUGGUUGGUGGAAGGAGGGAUUUGGGGAAGAAGGUUAAAGUUGUUGGGAUUCAUAAGAAGAAGUAUGAUUGGAGUGAGAUGGAUGAAGCUCGAUUGGCGGUUUUUCGAGUUUUUGCUGCUGCGGUUGCUAGUAGAAACGGGGGAGAUGCUAAUAUUAAGUAUGGUUGGUAUGGUGGUUCUCGGGAUGAGAUUAAGGAGAUUAUGAUGUAUGGAUUUAGGAGAUUUGAACACAGAGGUUUGCAGUAUGGUCGUGGUGUUCAUCUUUCUGCUGCCAAUAAUCCAAUGGAGAGCGUAAAAACAUCGGUUCCUGAUUCAGACGGCUUAAUGCAUGUGUUACUAUGUCGGGUGAUUUUAGGAAGACCUGAAUUAGUUAAUUUCGGGUCACAAAGAGACCAACCGAGCUCCAUGAAAUUCGAUUCAGGCGUCAAUGAUAUAUCGUCACCAACAAAGUAUGUCAUUUGGGAACAUCACAUGAACACCCAUAUUCUUCCAGUUUACAUCAUUAGUUUCCGAAUUGAUUCGUUAACAGGGAUGCCGUCCAUAAGGUUACCAACGUCACCACGUAUGGGUAUCAAUGGUUUGAUGGGCCGCCUCACGAAUUAUUUGAGUUCUUCUAAGAUGGUCGUGAUCAAGAAACUCCAGCAUGAGUAUCACAAAAAUAAGAUUUCGAGGCCUGGCUUUAUAAGAAACUUAAGGGCAAUCGCGGGGGAUGACGUUCUAAGGGCCAUUGUUAAAGGCUUAUGAUCAAAAGGAGUGCUUGAAUGAAGAUGAAAGAACACACGAUCAAUGCUCGAAGUAAAUAGAUAAUGUAGGCCAUGACUGGGAGAGAUAAAUUGUGUAAUUUCGGUUGUCUUUUUAUGUCGAGCGUUAUCUCUUUUGUUAUAUUGAUAAUCAAAAUAGACAAAUUAGAUUCUAGGAUUCGAGUUAUUUUUCUAUGGAAAUGGUGAUGGUUGAUUUGUCGUCUUAAUUGUACAUUCAAUAUUAAAAUUUUAUAUUUGAAUUCUUCUAGGAUUUGAGUUA